AGCUCGGUCUUCUACCCAAGGCGCUCGCUCAGUCCUCCGUGCUCCAGCCUCCUGCAGGGACCUCGGGGAGCCAGCACUCCACAUCCGCUGGGCCCGCUCCUUCUGCAGAAAGAGGGGGAGACUCGGGAGUGGGGAGAACAUGCGCCAGGCCCCACAGAGCUGAACACAGAAGCCCAGGGACGUCCCCUCCUCAGGUUGCUCAGGGUUCACAGUGGUGCUUAGACGGACUCGCGAUGAGGAAGCACCGGCACCUGCCCCUCGCGGCCGUCUUCGGCCUCCUGCUCUCGGGCUUUGCCGUCACUCGCGCCCAGCAACAAGCAGAUGUCAAAAACGGUGCCGCGGCCGAUAUAAUCUUUCUAGUGGAUUCCUCUUGGCGCUUUGGGAAGGAGCGUUUCCAACUCGUGCGAGAGUUUCUCUAUGAUGUUGUAAAGUCUUUAGCUGUGGGCGAGAAUGAAUUCCGUUUUGCCCUGGCCAAGUUCGACGGCAGCCCGCAAACCGAGUUCCUGUUGAAUACGUACCGUUCCAAACAAGAGGUCCUGUCCCAUAUUUCCAACCUGUCCUAUUCCGGGGGAAGCAACCAGACCGCAGCGGGAUUAGAGUACAUAACGCAGGACCACCUCGCUGAGGCGGCCGGGAGCCGGGCCGCGGCCGGAGUCCCCCAGGUGAUCAUAGCGUUAACCGCUGGACACGCGGACCGCCGCCUCGCUCUGCCCCCGGCGGGGCUUAAGUCUGCUGACCUUAACGUGUUUGCAAUUGGACUUGAGGAUGCUGACGAAGGCACCUUAAAAGAAAUAGCAAGCGAGCCGUUCGAUAUGCAUGUUUUCAACCUAGAGAAUUUCACCUCCCUCCAUGACAUGGUAGGAAGCUUAGUGUCCUGUGUGCGUUCGUCCGUGGCCCUGGCAGGGGCCGGAGGCACAGACACCCUUAAAGACAUCACAGCACAAGACUCUGCUGACAUAAUUUUCCUUAUUGACGGAUCAGACAGCACGGGACGUGUCCAUUUCUCAGUCAUUCGCGACUUCCUUGUCCAUCUCCUUGAGAGGCUGUCAGUCGGAGCUGAGCAGAUCCGAGUGGGGGUGGUCCAGUAUAGCGAGGAGCCCAGGACAAUGUUCUCCUUGGACACCUACCCCACCAAGGCGCAGGUCCUGGAUGCCGUCAAGGCCCUGGGGUUCCUGGGCGGGGAGCUGGCCAACGUCGGCUACGCCCUCGAUUUCGUGGUAGAGAAUCAUUUCACCCAGGCGGGGGGCAGCCGCGCGGACCAAGGGGUUCCCCAAGUGCUGGUCCUCAUAAGUGCCGGGCCCUCUAGUGACGAGAUCCACGACGGGGUGGUGGCGCUGAAGCAGGCUAGCGUGUUCUCCUUUGCCCUCGGAGCCCAGGCCGCCCCCCGGGCGGAGCUUCAGCACAUAGCCACCAAUGAGAACCUGGUGUUCACGGCCCCGGAAUUCAGUAGCUUUGGGGACCUCCAGGACCAGUUACUGUCCUACAUUGUGGGCGUGGCCCAAAGGCUCAUUGUCUUACAGCCGCCAACCAUUGUCACACAAGUCGUAGAAGUCAACAAGCGGGACAUCGCCUUCCUGGUGGACGGCUCGUCGGCGCUGGACCUGUCCCACUUCAACGCCAUCCGCGACUUCAUCAUCAAGGUCAUCCAGCGGCUGGAGAUCGGCCAGGACCUCAUCCAGGUGGCCGUGGCUCAGUACGCAGACACCGUGCGGCCCGAGCUUUACUUCAGCAGCUACCACAGCAAGAAGGAGGUCAUCACGGCCUUGCGGAAGAUGAAGCCGGCCGGGGGCUCGGCCCUGAACACGGGCUCCGCUCUGGACUUCAUGCGCACCAACCUGUUCACAAGCGCGGCCGGCCACCGGGCCGCGGAGGGCGUCCCCAGGCUCCUGGUGCUGUUCACGGGCGGUAAGUCCCAGGAUGACGUCAGCCAGCCGGCCCAGGAGCUCCGGAGGAGCAACAUCAUGUGUUUCGCCAUCGGGAGCAGGGCCGCCGACCAGGCCGAGCUGGCGGACAUGGCCUUCGACACAUCCCUGGUGUUCACCCCGGCCGAGUUCCAGGCCGCCCCCCUGCAGGGCAUGCUGCCCAGCUUGCUGGAGCCCCUCAGGACCCUCUCCGGAGCCACCGAAGUUCACGUAAACCAAAGGGAUCUCAUAUUUCUUUUGGACGGAUCGCUCAACGUGGGAAAGAGCAACUUCCCCUAUGUGCGGGACUUUGUAAUGAGCGUAAUUAACAGCCUUGACGUCGGGAGCGACGGCAUCCGUGUGGGUUUAGUGCAGUUUAGUGACACUCCGGUCACCGAGUUCUCCCUAAACACGUACCAGACAAAGUCAGACUUGCUCGCCCACCUGCGGCAGCUGCAGCCGCAGGGGGGGUCGGGCCUGAACGUGGGCUCCGCGCUGCGCUAUGUCCACGCCAACCUCUUCACCGAAGCUGGCGGCAGCAGGAUCCGAGACCGCGUCCCGCAGCUGCUGCUCCUGCUCACGGCCGGCCGGUCCGAGGACUCCUAUUUGCAAGCGGCCAAUGCGCUGGCCCGCGAGGGCAUCCUGACCUUUUGCGUGGGAGCUAACCAGGCCGACAAGGCCGAGCUCGAGCAGAUUGCUUUUAACCCGAGCCUGGUGUAUCUCAUGGACGAGUUCAGCUCCCUGCCAGCGUUGCCGCAGCAGCUCAUUCAGCCCCUCACCACAUAUGUUAGUGGAGGCGUCGAGGAAAUUCCCCUCACCCAGCCAGAAAGCAAGCGGGACAUCCUGUUUCUCUUCGACGGCUCAGCCAACGUCGUGGGCCAGUUCAACGCCGUCCGAGAUUUUCUCUACAAGGUGAUCGACGAGCUCGACGUGAAGCCGGAUGGGACCCGUGUGGCGGUGGCCCAGUACAGCGACAACGUCAGGGUCGAGUCCCAUUUUAACCAGCAUCAGAACAAGCCCGAGAUCCUGAAUCUGGUGAAAAGAAUGAAGCUCAAGACGGGCAAGACCCUCAACCUGGGGUACGCCCUGGACAGCGUCCUCAGAUCCGUUUUCGUGAGGUCCGCCGGGAGCCGGAUCGAGGACGGGGUGCCCCAGUUCCUGGUGCUGCUGGUGGCGGGGCGGUCGUCGGACCGCGUGAAAGAGCCAGCGGACCUGCUGAAGCAGAGUGGGGUGGUGCCUUUCGCGCUCCAGGCCAAGAACGCAGUCCCUGCCCAGGUGGAGAUGGUCGUGCCGUCCCCCGCCUUUAUUCUGGUCGCCGAGUCGCUUCCCAAGAUCGGAGAGCUUCAGCCGCAGAUCGUGAAUCUCUUAAAGACGGUGCAAACCGGGGCCCCGACGCCAGCCUCAGGUGAAAAAGACGUGGUGUUUCUGCUCGACGGCUCCGACGGGGUCCGGAGCGGCUUCUCUCUGCUCAAGGAUUUUGUCCAGAGAGUGGUGGAGAGCCUGGACGUGGGCCCGGACCGCGUCCGCGUGGCCGUGGUGCAGUACAGUGACCGGACCAGGCCCGAGUUCUACCUGAAUUCAUACAUGGACCAGCAGACCGUGGUCAGCGCCGUCCGCAGCCUGGCCCUGCUGGGGGGGCCCACCCCCAACACCGGGGCCGCCCUGGACUUUGUCCUGAAGAAUAUGCUGACGAGCUCGGCCGGGAGCAGGGUAGAAAAAGGCGUCCCCCAGCUCCUAGUCGUCCUCACGGCUGACAGGUCCGGGGACGACGUGAGGGGCCCCUCAGUGGUCCUGAAGAGAGGCGGGGCCGUGCCCAUCGGCAUUGGCAUUGGGAACGCCGACAUGACAGAAAUGCAGACCAUCUCCUACAUCCCAGACUUUGCCGUGACUGUUCCCACCUUCGGGCAGCUGGGGGACGUCCAACAGGACAUCUCCCGGAGGGUGAUCCAGCUCAGCAGCCAAGAGCUGAGCAGGCUGCAGCCGGUGUUUCCUACUCUGUUGAGGCCAGGUGCAGGCGGCAAGCAGGACGUGGUCUUUCUCAUCGACGGGUCCCAGCAGGCCGGCCCCGAGUUUCAGCACAUCCGCGCCCUCAUCGAGCGGCUAGUGGACUCCCUGGACGUGGGCUUCGACGCCACCCGGGUGGCGGUCAUCCAGUUCAGCGAGGACCCCCGGGUGGAGUUCCUGCUCAACGCCUACUCCAGCAGGGACGAGGUCCAGAACGCCGUGCGGCGGCUGCGGCCCAAGGGCGGGCGGCAGGCCAACGUGGGCGGCGCCCUGGAGUACGUGUCCAGGAACAUCUUCAAGAGGCCGCUGGGCAGCCGCAUCGAGGAGGGCGUCCCUCAGUUUCUGGUCCUCAUUUUGUCCGGGAAACCCACGGACGGGGUGGAAGACGCCACGGCAGAGCUCAAGCAGUACGGCGUGGCCCCGCUCGCCGUGGCCAAGAACGUGGACCGGGAGGAGCUGGUGAAGAUCUCGCUGAGCCCCGAGUACGUGUUCUCCGUGAGCACCUUCCGCGAGCUGCCCAGCCUGGAGCAGAGGCUGCUGAUGCCCAUCACGACGCUGACCCACGAGCAGAUACAGCAGAUGCUGGCCAGCACGCGGGGCCCCCCGCCUGUUGAGAGUGACUCCGCCGACAUCGUCUUCCUCAUCGACAGCUCCGAGGGCAUGAGGUCCGAGGGCAUCCCCCACAUUCGCGACUUCAUCAUCAAGAUCGUCCGCAGGCUCAACAUCGGCCCCAAUAAGGUGAGGGUCGGGGUCGUGCAGUUCAGCAACGAGGUCUUCCCAGAGUUCUACCUGAAGACCUACAAGUCCCAGGCCGCCGUGCUCGACGCCCUCCGCCGCCUGCGGUUCAAGGGCGGGUCUCCGCUCAACACCGGCAAAGCUCUGGAGUUUGUGGCCAAAAACCUCUUUGUCAAGUCCGCCGGGAGCCGGAUUGAAGACGGGGUGCCCCAGCACCUGGUGCUGUUUCUGGGUGAAAAGUCCGAGGAUGACGUCUCCAGGUUUUCCGAGGUGAUACGCAACUCAGGGAUCGCAAGUUUAGGGAUUGGAGACCGAAAAUCUGACAGAAAGGAGAUGCAGACCAUCACCAACAACCCCAGGCUGGUCUUCACCUUGCGUGAGUUCAGAGACCUCCCCAACAUAGAAGACAGGGUCAUGAACUCUUUCGGACCCUCGGGGGUCACUCCUGCACCUCCGGGCGUGGACACGCCUUCUCCUCCACGGACAGAUAAGAAGAAGGCAGACAUCGUGUUCCUGUUGGAUGGCUCCAUCAACUUCCAGAGGAGCAGCUUCCAGGAGGUGCUGCACUUCGUGUCCGAGAUCGUGGACACGGUUUACGGACAGGGCGACUCCAUCCAGGUGGGGCUGGUGCAGUACAAUUCCGACCCCACCGACGAGUUCUUCCUGAAGGAGUUGUCCACCAAGCAGCAGAUCAUUGAUGCCAUCAACAAGGUGGUCUACAAAGGGGGGAGGCACGCCAACACCAGGGUGGGCAUCGAGCACCUGCGGCUGAGCCACUUCGUGCCGGAGGCGGGCAGCCGCCUGGACCAGCGGGUCCCUCAGAUCGCCUUUGUGAUCACGGGCGGGAAGUCCACGGAGGACGCUCAGGAGGCGAGCCUGGCGCUCACCCAGAGGGGCGUCAAGGUGUUCGCCGUGGGCCUGGGCCCCGUGGACUCCGUGGAGGUUGGGAAGAUCGCGUCCAACAGCGCCACCGCCUUCCGGGUGGGCAACAUCCAGGAGCUGUCCGAGCUGAAGGAGCAGGUGUUGGAGACUCUGGACGACGCCAUGCACGAGACCUUGUGUCCAGGGGUGACUGACGUUUCCAAAGCCUGCAAUCUGGACGUGAUCCUCGGGUUUGAUGGCCCCAGGGAUCAGAAUGUCUUCGUGACCCAGAAGGGCCUCGAGUCCAAGGUGGACACCAUCCUGAACAGAAUCAGCCAGAUGCAAAGGCUCAGCUGCAGCGGUGGCCAGAUGCCCACAGUGCGGGUCUCCGUGGUGGGCAACACGCCCCAGGGCCCCGUGGAGGCCUUCGACUUCGCCGAGUACCAGCCGGAGCUGUUCGAGAAGUUCAGGAACAUGCGGGGCCAGCAGCCCUACGUGCUCACUGCGGACACGCUGCGGGCCUACGGGAGCAAGUUCAGGCAGGCCUCGCCCGACAGCGUGAAGGUGGUCAUUCAUUUCACCGACGGGGCGGACGGAGAUCUGGCUGAUUUACAAAAGGCGUCGGAAGAGCUCCGGCAGGAAGGUGUCCGCGCCCUCCUCCUGGUGGGCCUCGAGCGCGUGGCCGGCCUGGAGCAGCUGAUGCAGCUGGAGUUCGGCCGAGGCUUCAUGUACAACCGGCCCCUGCGGCUCAACCUGCUGGACCUGGACUACGAGCUGGCGGAGCAGCUGGACAACAUCGCUGAGAAAGCCUGCUGUGGGGUGCCCUGCAAGUGCUCCGGACAGAGGGGAGACCGAGGGCCCAUCGGCAGCAUCGGGCCAAAGGGCAUCUCUGGAGAAGACGGCUACCGAGGCUACCCCGGCGACGAGGGCGGGCCCGGUGAACGUGGCCCUCCUGGCGUGAACGGCACUCAGGGUUUCCAGGGCUGCCCCGGCCAGAGAGGAAUAAAGGGCUCCCGCGGGUUCCCAGGAGAGAAGGGCGAGCUGGGGGAGAUCGGACUGGAUGGGCUCGACGGAGAAGACGGAGACAAAGGCGUGGCCGGUGCCUCCGGGGAGAAGGGGAGUCCCGGGAGAAGGGGGGACAAAGGACCUAAAGGGGACAGAGGAGAAAGAGGGGAAGCUGGAAUCCGAGGUGACCCGGGUGACUCCGGACGGGACAGCCAGCAGCGAGGAUCCAAAGGAGAGACCGGGGACAUCGGGCCCAUGGGUCUCCCCGGGAGAGACGGCGUGGCUGGCAGGCCCGGGGAGCCUGGGAAGGACGGUGGCUAUGGCCGAAGAGGACCGGCAGGCGCUAAGGGCAACAGGGGUGGUCCUGGCCAGCCGGGCUCCCCGGGGGAGCAGGGGACCAGAGGUGCACAGGGUCCAGCCGGUCCCACCGGCCCUCCGGGCCUGAUGGGAGAACAGGGCAUUCCUGGCCCGCGGGGGAGCGGAGGGACCGCAGGCGCUCCUGGAGAACGCGGCAGAAUCGGGCCCCUGGGAAGAAAGGGCGAGCCCGGGGAUCCAGGACCGAAGGGCACGAUCGGGAACCGGGGCGCCCGUGGAGAGACGGGAGAUGACGGGCGCGAUGGGAUUGGCAGCGAGGGACGCAAAGGCAAAAAGGGAGAAAGGGGAUUUCCUGGAUACCCAGGUCCAAAGGGGACCCCUGGCGACCCAGGAACAGGGGGAGCACCGGGACCCAAAGGCAUCAGAGGCCGAAGGGGAAAUUCAGGACCUCCCGGGACAGUGGGACAGAAGGGAGACCCAGGCUUCCCGGGCCCGUCCGGUCACAAGGGCAACAGAGGCGACUCCAUCGAUCAAUGUGCCCUCAUCCAGAGCAUCAAAGAUAAAUGUCCUUGCUGCUANGGGCCCCUGGAAUGCCCCGUCUUCCCCACGGAGCUGGCCUUCGCCUUGGACACCUCCGAGGGGGUCACCCAGGACGCCUUCAGCCGGAUGAGGGACGUGCUCUUGAAGAUCGUGGGUGACCUGACCAUCGCCGAGAGCAACUGCCCGCGUGGGGCCCGCGUGGCCGUGGUCACCUACAACAACGAGGUGACCACGGAGAUCCGGUUCGCCGACUCCAAGAAGAAGUCGAUGCUCCUGGACAGGAUCCAGAACCUGCAGGUGGCCCUGACGUCCAAGCAGCAGAGCCUGGAGAACGCCAUGUCCUUCGUGGCCCGGAACACGUUCAAGCGGGUGAGGAGCGGGUUCCUCAUGAGGAAGGUGGCCAUCUUCUUCAGCAACAAGCCCACGAGGGCGUCGCCGCAGCUCCGGGAGGCGGUGCUGAAGCUGUCGGACGCCGGCAUCACGCCUCUGUUCCUCACCAGCCAGGAGGACCGGCAGCUGGUCAACGCCCUGCAGAUCAACAACACGGCCGUGGGCCACGCGCUCGUCCUGCCCGCCAGGCGCGACCUCACCGACUUCCUGAAGAGCGUCCUGACCUGCCACGUCUGCCUGGACAUCUGCAACAUCGACCCGUCCUGCGGGUUCGGCAGCUGGAGGCCCUCCUUCAGAGACCGGCGGGCGGCGGGCGGCGACGUGGACAUCGACAUGGCCUUCAUCCUGGACAGCGCCGAGUCCACCACCCUGUUCCAGUUCAACGAGAUGGGGAAGUACAUAGGCUACCUGGUCAGGCAGCUGGACCUGAGCCCCGACCCCAAGGCCUCCCAGCACCUGGCCAGGGUGGCCGUGGUGCAGCAGGCGCCCUACGAGUCCGUGGGGAACGCCAGCGUGCCGCCCGUGAGGGUGGACUUCUCCCUGACCGACUACGGCUCCAAAGAGAAGCUGGCGGGGGCCCUGGGCAGCAGGAUCACGCAGCUGCAGGGCACCAGGGCCUUGGGCCCCGCCAUCGACUACACCGUCGAGCACGUCUUCGAGAGCGCGCCCAACCCGCGGGACCUGAAGGUCCUGGUCCUGAUGCUGACGGGCGAGGUGCGGGAGCAGCAGCUGGAGGCGGCGCAGAGGGCCGUCCUGCGGGCCAAGUGUAAGGGCUACUUCUUCGUGAUCCUGGGCAUCGGCAGGAAGGUCAACGUCAGAGAGCUCUACGGCCUGGCCAGCGAGCCCAACGACGUCUUCUUCAAGCUGGUGGACAAGUCCACCGAGCUCAACGAGGAGCCCCUGAUGCGCUUCGGGCGGCUGCUGCCCUCCUUCGUCAGCAGUGAAAACGCUUUUUACCUGUCCCCAGAUAUCAGGAAACAGUGUGAUUGGUUCCAAGGGGACCAACCGGCAAAGACUCCUGUGAAAUUUGGUCACAAGCAAGUAAACACUCCAAAUAAUGUUACUUCAAGUCCUACAUCCAAACCGGUGACCACGACCAAGCCAGUGGCCGCCACAGGGCCGGUGACCACCACGACCAAACCAGUGACUGUGGUCAACAUGCCGGCCUCAAAGCCGGCUGCCUCAAGACCCUCAGCUGCAAGACCUGUGCCUGCCAAGCCCGAGGCCACAAAAACGGCCACGGUCAGACCUGCAGUGGCCGCGAAGCCGGUGGCACCCGCGAAGCCGGUGGCACCCGCGAAGCCGGUGGCACCCGCGAAGCCAGUGGCACCCGCGAAGCCGGUGGCACCCGCAAAGCCAGCAUCUGCAAGACUCCCUGCCGCCGCCACCAAGCCAGUGGCCACGAAGCCUGAGGCCCCCAAGCCCCAGGCGGCCAGGCCAGCGGCCACCAAGCCAGCCACCGCCAAGCCCACGGUCAAGGCCGCCCGGGAGGUCCAGGUGUCCGAGAUCACCGAGAACAGCGCCAAGCUGCACUGGGAGAGGCCGGAGCCCCCCAGCCCUUACUUCUACGAUCUCACCGUCACCUCGGCCCACGACCAGGCCCUGGUGCUGAAGCAGAACCUCACGGUCACGGACCGCGUCGUCGGGGGCCUGCGCGCCGGGCACACGUACCACGUGGCCGUGGUCUGCUACCUGAGGUCCCAGGUCAGGGCCGUCUACCACGCCAGCUUCAGUACAAAGAAAACCCAGCCUCCGCCUCCGCCCGCGAGGCCGGCCGCUAGUUCCACCAUCAACCUCAUGGUGAGCACGGAGCCGCUGGCCGACAGCGACGCAGACAUAUGCAAGCUGCCCAAGGAAGAAGGGACGUGCAGGAAGUUCGUGCUGAAGUGGUACCACGACCCGGAGACCAGGAGCUGCGCGCGGUUCUGGUACGGGGGCUGCGGCGGCAACGAGAACAGGUUCGACUCCCAGAAGGAGUGUGAGCAGGUCUGCGCCCCAGUGCUCGUCAGCCCCCGAGUCAUCGCCGCCAUCGGGACCUAGGCCGAGGCGACCAGCGACACUUACCUCUUAACGAAGGAGUCAGCCCUGUGCCAGCGUCUCCGCAGCCGCUCCGGGCGCGGGUCCCGGGCACCUGCCGUUUCACGCUUCGAUUUACACUCGGACUCGGGGAGCCGCCUGCGCACGACCCGUCGACAUGGUGCUAGUGUGCCUGGGACCCGCGCCCUGCCCCAGGCAGCUUCCGCGUAUACUCCGGCCGCGUGACUGACCCCGCGGCGGGCGUCCGCGCCCACACGUCCACACGUCCACCUUCCCCUGCAGCUUCACGCCUGCCUGCCCCGGGCAAGCGAAGGUCUAGGAAAUAGCCCCGAACCUCCCAGCCGCCCCUGCCCUCCGCUCGUCCGGCUCCCCCGUUACGCAGGACGGGAGGUGGAGAGCCCCUCCCGGCCCACAGGCCAGCGUCGGUUCCAUUUCCUCCCCACACCCUGGGGUAGGUUCCCAGAGGAUUUUCUUUUUCUGAGGCCUCUGCCGAGGGACGUGGUCGGAGGGAAGCGGGAUCUCUUGGCCUCUGAGCACUGUCCUGGGACCAAUGCCCCGCUGAGAACAGGGAGUCCGAACGGAUAUUCUGGCAUUCCUCUCAUGCUGUGUGGUUUUGUAUUUUUUUUUUUUUUUGGUGCGGGGUUGGGUGGGGUCUAAUUUUAAUUUUAAAGUUUUUAGGAAAUUUAUACAAAGAAACUUUUUAAUAAAGUAUGCGGAAAGUGUCUCGGG